AUGGAUACUUCAGCUUUACCCCCAACAGUAUUAAAAUCAUUAAACUCAUUACAUACAAAGACCUACUAUUCGUCUGUUCCUGACUCAAUCGUUUCAAAAAAAGAUACUUCUCCAAUCAUAUUAGGAGUCGAUGAAGCUGGUCGUGGUCCUGUAUUAGGUCCCAUGGUUUAUGGAAUAGCCUAUUGUACUACAAAUUAUAUGAAUGAAUUUAUAAUUCCAAAUUAUGAAUUUGAUGAUUCUAAAAAAUUAACUGAUACGAUUCGUAAGAAAUUAUUUUCAAAAAUGUAUUCCAAUGAUCCAUCAAUUGAUCCAGAGAUCAAUCAAAUUGGGUAUGCUACUACAGCAAUCACUCCAAAUGACAUUUCAAGUGGCAUGUUAAGAUUUCCACCAUCAAAGAAUUAUAAUUUAAACGAGCAAGCUCAUGAUGUUACUAUAGCUUUGAUCCAAGGUGUACUAGAUCAAAAUGUUCAAUUAAGUCAUGUUUAUGUAGAUACCGUAGGUCCUCCACAAUCGUAUCAAAAAAAAUUAGAAACAAGAUUUCCAAAUGUUAAAUUCACUGUCACUAAAAAAGCAGAUUCUUUAUAUUGUAUUGUUAGUGUGGCAAGUGUUGUUGCUAAAGUAACAAGAGAUUUUUUAAUUGAUUCCAUGAAAAGAAAUCCAAAUGAAAAUAUAGGUUCAGGUUAUCCAUCCGAUCCAAAUACUAAACGUUGGUUACGUGAAAGUCAAACCAAGUUGUUCGGUUGGCCUUGUGAUAUGGUGAGAUUUUCUUGGCAAACUUGUGAUACUCUAUUGACAGAUUCUAAUACAAAAAGUAUACAGAUUGAUUGGGAAGAAGAUUUCUUAACAAAAAAAAGAAAGUUUAAUAGUAAAGAUUAUGAAACUAAUCUUUUGAAAAAAUCCAAAGAACCAAAGACUUUAGAAAAUUGGUUCUUCAAUUAA